UUAUGCAUGCACUCAGGUGUUUAGCCGGCAAUUGGAUUCAGAUUCCAAUUCCAAGAGCAAGUGCAGCCGGAGGAGCGACCAGGAGGCGGCUCAGUUAUGUCCUGGGCAUCGAGACCUCCUGCGACGACACGGGCAUCGCCAUCGUGGACACCGCCGGCCGGGUGAGGGCGAAUGUGCUGGACUCGCAGCAGGAGUUCCACACCAGAUACGGAGGCAUCAUUCCGCCGCGGGCCCAGGACCUCCACCGCGCCCGCAUCGAGUCCGCCUACCAGCGCUGCCUGGCGGAGGCGCAGCUGCAGCCGGAGGAUCUAGCGGCCAUUGCGGUCACGACGCGUCCCGGCCUGCCGCUGAGCCUGCUGGUCGGCCUGCGCUUCGCCCGCCACCUGGCCCGUCGCCUGCAGAAGCCCCUGCUGCCCGUCCACCACAUGGAGGCGCAUGCUCUGCAGGCGCGCAUGGAGCACAAGGAGAUCUGCUUUCCCUUCCUCUGCCUCCUGGCCAGCGGCGGCCACUGCCAGCUGGUUGUGGUCCAUGGCCCGGGACGCCUCACUCUGCUUGGCCAGACCUUGGACGAUGCGCCCGGCGAGGCGUUCGACAAGAUCGGACGCCGCCUGCGCCUGCACAUCCUGCCCGAGUACCGCCUGUGGAACGGCGGCCGAGCCAUCGAGCACGCCGCCCGGUUGGCCAGCGAUCCGCUGGCCUACGACUUCCCGCUGCCGCUCGCCCAGCAGCGCAACUGCAGCUUCAGCUUUGCGGGCAUCAAGAACAACUCCUUUCGCGCUAUCCGCAGGCGAGAGCUUUCCGAACGGACGCCUCCGGAUGGGGUGAUCAGUAAUUACGGGGACUUUUGCGCCGGCCUGCUGCGCGCCGUCAGCCGGCAUUUGAUGCACCGCACCCAGCGGGCCAUCGAGUACUGCCUCCUGCCGCAGCUGCGUCUCUUCGGCGACGCCCCGCCCACGCUGGUCAUGUCCGGCGGGGUGGCCAACAACGAUGCCAUCUACGCGAAUAUCGCUCACCUGGCCGAGCAGUACGGAUGCCGCAGCUACCGGCCGUCCAAGCGCUACUGCUCCGACAACGGGGUGAUGAUCGCCUGGCACGGAGUGGAGCAGCUGCUGCAAGACAAGCAGGGCAGCCUGCGCUUCGACUACGACAGCAUCGACAUCCAGGGCAGCGCGGGAUUCGCCGAAUGCCACGAGGAGGCUGUGCAAGCGGCGGCCAUCAAGUGCAAGUGGAUACAGCCACUGGGCUAA